CAAAAGCUAUUUGCCAAACAUUCAAAAUUUUCUUUAAUAUUUGUUUUCGUACUUUUCCGUUGAGUAAGAAAAAGCUACGACGAGUGCUAAAUUUAGCAGCCGGUAUAUUGUAGGGUGUGUUGUAUGAGUCCCAGCGAUAUUCCGCCCCCAGUGACGCGCGCGUGGCUCCUCGUAUUUGAUGCCAUUUCUGAAAAAUACAUAUUUUAAAAAUAAUUGUAUAAAUUACGUGUGUAGGCGAUGUUUAAUGGCAAAAUAUUAAUGAAAAUUAAAAACCAUUAUACGUGUAUUCUCUAAACAAACACAAGGGAAGCUCAAGCAAAAAAAUUCUGUUGAGAAAUUUGUGAUCCAUUCAAACAAAGCCAGUUUCAAGUGGGAAAACAUAAUACAAUGCCCGCAUCCAAUACGAUAGUGCUGAAGAGCCUCUCCAUACUAUUGGGACUCUUCUUUAUAUUUGUGGGCACAUUAAAACUAACGCCUCACAUAAGCAAGGAUCUUUAUAAGGACCUGCGUACAGAAUAUGUCAAGUACGCGAAAGUUUUUCCACUAACGGCGCUUUUUGGACUUAAAAUUCCUUCAAAAUGGUAUCGUCGUACCGUGGGUAUAUUGGAAAUUGUGUGCGGGCUUGCCAUGGCGUUAAUACCAUAUCAUAAAGUCAAGAAUGCGGCGAAUGUGACACUGCUCGUGCUAAUGCUAUUGGGCAUCUACCAACAUUGGAUGGUCAGCGAUCCUUUUGAGCGCUCUGGUCCAGCGUUGGUCUUUACAUUUAUGUUAGGGGGACGUUUGGUUGUGUGGUAUCAGACAAGUCGUAAGGAGGCCGAGCUAGUGGCAACCAGUCCACCGCAAACUAAUGGCGUUAAACUGGAGUAAAUCCGUUGCACAACAACUACGUGUAGUUCGUACUUUCAAUGCAAUAUAUAAUUAAAAUCAUUCAAAUAGUCAAAUGUGAACUGCCUUCUUAGCACAAAACCCCGAAUGCGAGCUCAAUUGGCACAAAUCUAUUAUAUGAAUUAUAUUUUGUUUUAAUUAAACUCGAAAAAACUAAAACUAUAUGAAAAAUCAAUAUCCACGUUUUCACUUUGUGCCAAAUAACGAAAUACAUACAUAUAUAAAUGAUAUACAAAUUUUCAAAGGUGUUCAGGUUAUAAUUUAAAAUAGGG